CUUCUGCCGGUGAGAUUGGCACAGACAAACACAGACACAAACACAAAUGAACGAUGUUCGGCUGGUCACUUUAUGUAUGCGUAUAUAUGUGCAGGGGGAUCGGAGUGGCAAGACAUCGCCUCAGACCACAGCAGCCGUCACGUCGCCAUCUCUCGUCGCCGAGCCAGCAAUGGUCGAUGAGCCCCCCUCACCCUCACCCUCACUCUCGCACCUCACCGACACAGAGCAGCCAACAGACGGAGAGGACUCGCCCAUCGACACAGACCAUCGUGUGUCGGAGGACACCGGCUGCUUCCUGUCGUACUUGCUGGACGAGAACAAGGCCCUCAGAGCGCAGCUCGACACAUACGAGGCCGAGACAGAAACAAAGAUAGACAGGCAGGCAGACAGCCAGAGCUCACACCAACCAAAUGACUGUCUGUCUGUGUCUUUAGCGUUGAGCGUGAGUACAGUGCCCUCUUGUCAGAGGCCCAAGGCGAACUCUCACGGAUCGCAGUCAGCCAGCCAGAAUGAAUCAAUCACCAGACACACGCAGCAGAGACAUGGCAGCGUCAUGUGUGUGAGAGGUCGUGACUUCCUUCUUGGUUGAUGUGUGCAGGCAGAGAGAGACGCGCUGUCUCGCGAGCUGAGCCGUGAAAAGGACACGACAGAAGAGCUCACCCUCCAGUUGUCGAAGCUCAAGGAGGUCAGGUCACAACCACACACCUUCGUGUAUGCGUCUCGCUGUCUCUGUCUUUGUGUCAGUCUGCUGCUGCGAGUGCGAGUGCGAGUGCGAGUGUGUCUUCUCACGUGCGGCAUCCCGAGGUGUUUCCCAUGGCUGAUGACGACACAGACACACAGGACGGCACAUCAACAUCGUGGGAGCAGUCCUUCGACCAAGCAAUCGCAGCAUCGACCAGCCCCACACCACAGCAGCAGCAGCGGCCGAAUGGCCAAAGGAGUGAUCACGGCUUGCGUGUGAGUGAGUUGCUCGACUAUGCUCACGCGGCUGCGGCAGUGCAGACGGACAAGACAGCGGCGGAGUGGUGUGAUGUCGUGAUGCGCUACACUAUGGCGUGUGUGUGCUUUGUGGUGGGGCUGGCAGUGCUGUUGGUGCACUCAUGAGCUGUGACCACUCAAUGGAUGAAUCGAAGGGCUCCUGCCGUG